GUGUGUGAGAGAGACAGAAGGGGCGGAAAGGACGACGCGCAACAGAAGAGGAGGAGGAUCGAGGAUGACUGCGGAGAAGCAGCGUUUUUAGUGUGUCUGCGCUGCUGCGUGUGACUGUCUGUGGCACCAGGAUUCGAAACCGGACGGUCCUUCAUCAUCAUCAUCAUCGCCAUCAUCAUCUUCGGCACGAGCCGAGGAGUACCGGCCCCUCGAUCGGCACUUGUAGGUCCCGCUCGCCGUCUGCUAACCUGGAUCGCAGGUGAGUGUCCCCUGUGGUGCUGGUGACAGAAGACCUGGAGUUAUUGAUUGCAAGGUGGCAAGUGAUUGACAGGUGUAAGCCACUCUUUUGGGAGAGUGAUGAACAAGGGGCUGUGACCGAGGGCCAUGGAUGUGGGAACGGCGCUGACCCUGUGGCUCUCUGUGACGGCCGUCCUCUGCGUGCUUUGUUACUCACAGGAUCCGUCCUGGGCCACUGAGAUUCGAGCCAGACUUGGGGGAGCAGCAGAGCUGAGGUGCAAUGCUUUGCCUGCAUUGGGCCACACCCCACCUGGCCAUACCUCCACAGGCCCUGCCCCUCUGCUUGUGGUGGAGUGGUUGCGCAGAGGCUACAAUAUCCCUGUGCUCAUUCAGUUUGGGGUUCACACCCCCCGUGUGCACCCUGACUACGAGGGCCGAGUGUCCCUCACCCAAGGCUCCUCCCUGCGCAUUGAAGGACUUCGCCUAGAGGACGAGGGCUGGUUUGAGUGUCGAGUCCUGCAGCUGGACAGACCCGCAGAAGAGUCCCGCAAUGGUUCCUGGACCUUCCUGUCUGUGACAGCUCCACCCAUGUUUGUCCAGACUCCGCCCCCAUCACUGGAGGUGCUCCAAGGCCAUUCACUGUCGCUCACCUGCACCGCCCAAGGCAACCCACCACCCACAGUCACCUGGAAGAAGGGAAACACUGCGGUCAGAGAGGUGCUCAAUGGGACCUUGUCUUUUGCGGCUGUGACCAGAGAGAGGGCCGGGGAAUAUGCGUGCCACGCCUCGAACACGGAGGGCGAGCUUGUGCACUCGACACUGUUGAGGGUGAAAGGCCCCCCUGUGAUCGUCACUGCCCCAGAGGACACUGUGCUCAACAUGUCCCAGGAUGCACUGCUGCAGUGCCGGGCAGAGGCAGACCCUCCCAACAUGACCUACGUGUGGAAGAAGGGUGGUGUGAAUGUCUACCAUGUGGACUUUCUGAAGUCACGAGUGAAGAUCUUGGUUGACGGCACCCUCCUCAUCCAUCGUCUCCUUCCACAGGAUGCUGGGAACUACACAUGCAUGCCGACAAAUGGGUUGUUAACUCCUCCCACUGCGUCCGCCUACCUCACCGUGAAGCACCCUGCCCAGGCACUGCCUUUGCCUGUGGAGACCUUUCUUCCCACAGGUAUGAGGGGCAGGAUUGCCUGCCCCGUAAGAGCAGAGCCACCCCUUCUCUAUGUCAUGUGGACCAAGGAUGGGGAGCCCCUGGACCUGGACCAGUUCCCAGGAUGGACCCUGAACGAAGAGGGCUCAGUGCUUAUUGCCACGGUGAAUGACAAUUCUAUGGGGGUGUACGCCUGCACUCCAUACAACAGCUAUGGCUCCAUGGGUCAGUCCGAGCCCACCGUGGUGGUCCUACUGGACCCACCCACUUUUGCAGUGGCCCCCCAGGUGGAAUACCAGGAGGAAGUGGGUGAAGAGCUGCUUAUCCCCUGCCAGGCUGAUGGAGAGGGUCCUGUCAACAUCACUUGGACAAAGGUUGACUCUGCCCCCCGCUCCCCGUACAACGUGGCUGCCAAUGGCUCCCUUGUGCUACAGCCACUCAGCAAGGACCACCAGGGGACAUGGGAAUGCCAAGCGACUAACCGCGUGGCUACCGUCAGCACGGGCACCCAGGUCAACGUGCUGGGAACCAGCCCCCAUGCUGUAGCCUCAGUGUCCAUUGUCCCAGGGAUCGACCAGGCUAACGUGACAUGGGAACCAGGUUUCGAUGGGGGCUACACCCAGAAGUUCACAGUCUGGCUGAAGCAGGGAGCCACGGGGAGGCAGGAGUGGACCUCACUGCUGGUGCCGCCCAACAGGUCCAGUCUGUUGGUCACAGGCCUCCUUCCCGACACCAGCUACCAGUUCAGUGUUCUGCCUCAGAACCAGAUUGGUACUGGACCCUUCAGUGAGAUUGUCACUGUCAGGACUCUGGCCCCUCUGUUGGAUCGUCCCUUAGUGUGGUCUGAAAGUUCAAACUUGGCUCCACCUACAUCAUUGUCAGCUAAUCAGAGCUUAUCAGGAGUUGUUCUCCAGUGGGCUCCACCCAUUCUGCAAUCCGAACCUAUAGAUGGCUAUAUCCUCCAGGCCAGGCGCAAUGAUGGGGAGUGGAUGGUUCUUGAAAGAGACAUUAGUGCCAAUACAACAGAGAUCCUAGUGCAGGGAUUACUGAAGGACUGCAACUAUGAACUAAGGAUGUUCUCCCGCCGAAACGAGCUUGUGGGGGAGCCCAGCUUGCCAGUCAAUAUUUCUACAAAGGGAAUGGAAGCAUACCCAGCCAAGAGCCACCUCCUGGAACUUGUUCCCGAACCACUAGUUGCUGGGGUUGCAGGAGGCGUAGUCUUCCUGUGUGUUGGCAUCCUGCUUUCUGUGUCCAUGGCUUGCAUUGUGAGGAACAGGAGGAAGAGACGGAAGAGAGAGACCAGGGAGGCUCUCCACAUUGCCUUGCACCAGAGCCAGCCUCCAGAAGGCAUCUCAUCUCGUGAAAGUCCAGACAGUGUGCUGAAGAUGAAGCUCUUUCCAAGCUGCUCUUUCAACCCUGGUUGCUCCCCUUCUCAAUCCAACAGAUCGUCUUUUGACAAGGUCAGCUGCGACUUCCCAGACCAAGACCAGAACCAACGGCUCCUCUCUAGCCCCCCGCCUCACUACACUGCCUCGCAAAAUUCCACUGGUGGGCUACCUGCACCAUCCACUACCUUGGAGUGCAUCUCUAGGGGCCCCGAUGGCCGCUUCAUCCUGAAUCCCUUUGACAAAAGCUCCUCACCUGCUCCUGAGGUCCAGGGAGACUUGAGGGCUGACUUCACGAGGAGCUCUGAGGCAAGCAGUAGUCAGACAUCCCAGACAGGCUCUCUGAAAUCUGACUCACCGCACUCUGAGAAGGAGCAGAGGAAAAAGACAUCUCCCAUUUUCACUGUUGAUCUGCCUGUUUCUACUGGCCGAGUACGAGCUAUGGCCAGAAAUUUCUCUCAUCACAGGUGCUUCUACCAGGACCAUGAGCAAGGAUUGACUGAAGGCCUGCUGGAGCGCACCAGUUUUCGUUCCAACAGCAAUGAGGAGCGAGUCCGUGAUUACGUAGAACACCUCCGGGAGGUGAUCCCUAACCUGGGCCACCAGGAAAAAGAUCUCAUGUACUUGCCCCUGGACAGAGAGAGCCGGAUCACCUCAACAAGCACUCUAGUAAUGCAGAUGGAACAUGAACGAGAGAGAGGAAAUCUUAGCAAAUGCCUGAAACUAGCACGAGAGAGAGAGGAGUUGGAAAGAGAGCUGGAGCAGUACACGACUAACCUCAGGGCACGAACUUGGCAGAAAGAGGUAGCCAGUCGACAAAGGGGCUGGAGAACGGACAUAGAAGAGAAAGGGCCUAUAUGGAAGCUACGUGAUGCCACCCUCCCUCGCAAGACCAAGAAAAAGUGUUAUCUUGGCAGCUCAGAUAAUUCUUUGGAGCAGAGGGUGUCCUCUACUGCAUACAACACACAAGACAUCAGCCCCCUCACCUCGAUCUCUAGCUUAAUGCCUGUCCAGAGCUCCCGAGGGAAAGCUGGAAUUUCAAGCCAACAGGCUCUGUCACAGUCUCAACAGGGUGACCCCUCUUGGAAAGCCCCAUCCCCUGCUCCGAAGCAUACCUCUCCUUCCCGCCUCUCACCCACUUCUGACUCCAUUUUCCUGCUGUCUGAGCAUAACAGCAAAUCAGAGGGUCCAAAGAAAAACAUUUGUCAUGGGAGGCAUCUGUCUGAAGAGGAAUUACAGUGCAGCACUGACACUAUUAAUGUAGAUGUGUGGGCUCCAAGGUUGGGAGUCCUGCCCAAGGUCCAGCAUCCAGAGGUAAGAUCAAAGUCUCCAAUGGACGGUAUCUGCAGAUACAGCAUGAAGGAAGAGGUGGAUUCAGAUACACGGCCCCCUCACCCAAGGUCUUGCCUUAAAUCAUCCACUCAAAGCUCUAUUUUCGAAUACCUGAACCUCCCAGGGUUUGUUGAGAUGAGUGUCGAUGAACCUUUAGCUGAAAAGGAAACCUCAGUCUCUUUCAGACCUACACUGGAAAAGGAGCCUGGGAUGCUUUUGGGAGAGGAACCUGAUGUGGUACCAAAGGACUGGGAUGUUCAUGUGAAGGAUGGUCCUGAAAUAUAUGCAGGCAAAAUGGGGAGUACUUCAGCAGAAGCAAAAUGCAUGACAAGCUCACAAUUCAGUGCUGAUUUCGGAGCACAUGAAGGUCACCUGAAUAUCAAUGAAUUGGAGACAAGGAAUUCAGGUUUAAAAGUAGAAAGUUUGGUGAAACGCUGGCCUACGGUGAAAUGGCAACGUUCAAUAUCAGGCCAAAGUUUUCUGGAUCUGGGAAUGGCUGCAGAUCAACCAACAUCUCAGAUUUCAAUGGAUCAGGCAGCUGAUGAAUCCAGUUGUCCAGCAAAUAAGCAUGAACUUAGUCUGGAGCAAUCCCAAGUGCUCAAAACUCUGGAUGGGUUAUCAUCCAGGAUUUUCAGACCUACUGUAGCAUUUAUGAAUGAACUGAUAAACAAUGGAUCACAAAACACUGUGUCAUUCAUAGAAGUAUCCAGCUCUGUGUCAAUGAGCCCCAAGGAAUGCAGAUCUGAAAAAUCUUCUCAGGAAUUCCUGGACCCUAAUGUCUGGAUUGAUUCUCUGAGCAGAGGCCAAGCUACUGGGUCUCCUUUUUCCUCCAGACCGGAUACAGAUGUUCAGAUCCAGAGGCUGGAAUGCUCUCCCAGGCGACAAUCACCUGACCCCAAUGCCUCCAAGUGGCCUGUUCCCCAUCAGGAGGCACUGAGAUCUGUUUGGCACAAGUCAGCUCCGUUCAGGUCUUCUAUUUCACUUGCAGGGAAGGAAUAUUUGAGACUACCAGAUCCUGUGGUUGGCCCACCUAAGGCUUUCCUGCCCCGAGGAUACAGCUGGCCAUCUCGGUACCAUGGUUCUUUCCCACAGGGGGAAACAGGAAGUGAAGGAGAGGAGGAAAGAGUUGAACCAAUGGAGCUGGAAGAGAUUGGGGACAACAAAGAGGAUAAGGAGGAACGAGACAGCUUUGCCAGUCAGAGCAGUGGCAGAGGUAGCUUAGGGCCUGCCAACAACCACCCUGUGUACCCUACAGUCCGUCGCCCUGGCUCUCUGGACCCUCCUGAAGAGAGUGAGGGGUUGGAUGAUGAGUUGGAUAUACAGUACAAGAGAUCUCUGAGAAGAAGGAAGAUUUCUGUGGAUGAGAGCUAUGAAUGGGAUGCAGCUGAUUGCUGCCCAGAGCCUGACGUUGCUAAGCCUGCAGGGGACAGUACAGAGGGUAGGGUGCAGAAGAGCAGCACUUGUCCUCGUUCUAGCCUGAGGCGUCAGAGCAAAGGCUUGUCAAUGAGUGGUCCAAACGGAUCCAAUCGCCAAACACUCCAAGAAGCAGGGUACCACACCCUCCAACGUCCCAGCAACCGUCGCAGCUCUUGUCAAAGGCAGCAUGACCUCAGCACAGCAUCUUUUUAACUGUUGAGGUGAAAUGGGUGGGUUGUGGGCACAUGAUGUGUCUAAUGGUGGCAUCAGGUUGUUAUCAUUUGGGAACUCAUCCUUUUGAAUGUUGGGGUUGCAUUUUGAAUGAUGACAGAACUAAAGUUCAAUGGUGGGCAGCUGAAAUCGUAAAUAUGGUACCAGGCUCAAGGUUCGAGAAGUGGUCCUUUCAGCAAGGCAAUGAUUUACAGCAUUUAAAAAGUUUCACCCAUAUGGCUAAACACAUGUUUUGCUCACAUUGAUAAGAGCUGAGACAAAUAGGACAGCGUCCUCAGUGGAGACAUUGUGGGGCCAACUGUGAAAUUCCCUGUCAUUUUGUGUGUAUGUUGAGUGAGGCCUGUUUUUUCGUUU